AUGCACACUUCAGGCCUCCUUCUGGCUGGCCUCUUGGCAUUUGCUAACGCUGCGGUUCUUCCUCACGCUGAAGAUGCCUCCUCUGCCGCCAUUGUCGCCAAAGACCUCGAUGCCCGCGGCGGAGCCAAAUGCCCGGCCGUGUGGAAGCAGGUCAACACUGAGCUCAACUCGCUCUUCAUGGCAGGAAACCAGUGCAACGACCUCGCGCGCGCGUCUAUUCGUGCCAUCUUCCAUGACUGCGGCUCCUGGGACACCUCCCAGGGGCUCAAGGGCGGCUGCGACGGCUCGCUGAUUAUCGGUGUCAAUCCUGAUGUCGAGCUCAACAGGAGCGAGAAUAGGGGACUGCAAAAGGUUGCCGGUGUCUUGCAGGAUCUUGCGACCAAGUACAACACCACUGUUGCGGAUAUGAUUGUCUUUGCUGGAAACGCUGCGAUCUUCCUCUGCCCUGGUGGACCCAAGGUUAAGACCUUUAUCGGGCGCGUAGACAGCACCACUUCCGCCACAGCAGGUGGCUUGCCUGACGUCUUCGCCUCCGCCGAUGUCCUCGUGACACUUUUCCAGAAGAAGGGGCUCGAUGCCGAAGCUCUUGCCGCUCUUCUUGGCGCUCACAGCACCUCAACGCAGAACUUUGUCGAUACAACGAAGGCCAACGCGUCCCAGGACUCAACGCCUGGAAAGUGGGAUGUCAGCUACUAUAAGGAGACGUACGACUUUGCGACCAAGGGCACGUCCGCGUCGGGCGUCUUUGUGUUCCCUUCAGACUCCAAGAUUUCCACUUCUACCUCCGGAGAUAUUGGCAAGAAGUUCCAAGGUUUCAUCGGACACCAGAACAAGUGGAGCAGCAGCUUCACCAACGCCAUGGAAAAGAUGGCACUGUUUGGCAACGAUAAGAACAAUUUGGUCGAUUGCACUGAUAGCAUCACCCGGCUCUGA